AUGGAGGAAGGGCAAGCUGCAUCUGAGGUGAGUACUGCAUGUUAAAUUCUAAAUAUGUGCUGUAAUCUUGUAAAGCAGCAAUCUGUUUUAUGAUACACAAUGCUCAUUUUAGUGAAUUAUGAUCCAAUUUCAAGUCACGUAUAAGGAAAUUCAGGGCAGACAUACCUGAUAGCAAAAACGUACCACCGGCUCCAUGUCUACACCCUUUUAGCUCUAAAAACACAGAAGAGAAUGUUGCUGAAAAUGUCGAACUGUAAUUUCUUUGUUUUAGAAAUCCGUCCGUGAAUCUCAGCAUGUGUGUGCUGGUGAACAGGAGUAUGUUCAGGAGAGGAAGAAAAUUGUCCUGGAGUCUCUCACCAGUCUGGGAAUCAACUGUACAGAAGUAAGGACGAAAUAUCUUACUUUUAGACUUUACGUUUCCUUUUAGCAAAUUUUACUCCCAUAUACCCUUCAGUGAUCUUUAAUGAGGCUUGCUGAAGUAUCUUCAAGACAUGUUACUAUUUUUUUUCACAGCGUUAAUAUUAUCUUAAGUCAUCAGGAGGUGUUGUUGAGACACAGAUAUUGGUGUGGGUUGUCUCACUGAUUUUAAUAUUGGCACAAGACUUGAUGCAUCUUUAAGGUCGCCUCCAGCAAGAUACCAAAACCACACGGCAGAAUAAAAGGAGUGUCAAAGAAAGGCUCUGUCUGUGCCUGUAGAAGUUAGUAAUGAAGCUUAGACAGUUUGGUAUGAAAACAAAUAUCCUCACACAAAGCGAAUGGUCAUGAAUCACUAACAAAAAUACAUCCAUCAUGAUGGAUUGGACACUUUCUUGUGGCUAAAUUUAAUUAUCUCCCUGUGGGUACCAGGACUCUGUUCCCCACAUCGCUCUGCUGGGCUCAGGUGGAGGUCAGAGGGCAGCCGUGGGUCUGGUGGGUUCCCUCUAUCAGAUGGAAAAAGAUGGUCUGUUGGACUCUGUGCUCUACCUGGGAGGAGUUUCUGGGUCAACAUGGUAACUGUAACUAUCACACAUCAAUUCAAGUGUGUGCAGAUAAACAGGCCUGUCUGCAGAUUUGGUUGAGUGAUAGGAUGCCUCAGAAAUACUUUGGAAAGACCUUCAUGUCUCAGCAAGACAAUGAUAAACACACUCUGUAAGGAUUACAACCGCAUGGCUUUGUUGUUGAAGAGUCCUGCUGCUAAAUUAGCCAGUCUGCAGUCCUGAUAUGUCACCUGUUAAAAGCAUCAAUAAUCAUUUUCAGUCUGCCCUUAUUUCUCCUCUGUCAGGUCCAUUGCUUUUCUGUACAGUGACCCAGAGUGGAGUGUGGGGAUGGACAGAACCACAUCAAGGCUGACAGAAUCAGAGGUGGAGCUGGCAGAGGUUCUGUCCUGGUUUGGCGAGAGAGAGAAGGAGGAGGACCUCUCCCUUUCUGACAUCUGGGGGGUGGUGACCUCUGCUGGUAUCAUGAAACAGGUCCCUGAAGGAGUAUAGGUUCUUCUUUAUAAUCAGUUUUAGGUGUGGCGCCCUUCAGAAAGUAUCAUUAGAUGUGUGCAUGUUUUAUUAGAUGGACCUGCGGCAUCUUUCUGAAGACACCAGGAGAAACGCAACCAACCCCUACCCCAUCUACUGCGCCAUUGAGAGGAACUGCUACAAAGAGGGGCCAACAGAAGGUACCUUUAACAUGACAUAUAAGCACCAGCAGAUGCUUUGAGUCAUGUUGUUGAUAGUCAACGAGCCUCUCUGUCUCUCAGGGAAGUGGUUCGAGAUGAGUCCUCAUGAGGCUGGUUUCACAGAGCUGGGUCUCUUUGUUGAAGCUUCUCUUUUGGGCAGCAAGUUUGAGGGUGGGAGGCUGGUGGAGAAAAUCCCUGAGAUGGACAUGGUCCAACUACAAGGUUUGUUAAAAAUGUGUGACAACAGUUCUCAAGUUACAGGAGCAGGAUCUAUUUAACUGGACUUAAUCAACACUGUGAAAGGUAUAUGGACUAUCUAAAUAAUUAUAACUAAGUAGUGCAUAAAUGCACAAUAUAAAAUAAUAACAAAGGGUCAAAGUUCAGUCAAGAUGAAUUCUUUUACUUGUGUUAAAAAAAAAAAAAAACUCCUGUGGUCAUCACUGCAUGUUCGAUUAACCAGAUGUCUGCCUCACCUUCACACUACGCAGGUGUUCUGGGAUGUGCUUUGGCUGAUGAGGAGCUGCUAAGAGAGAUCAUUCCUCCCCAUCUGAAUGGUAAAUUAUGAUUUCAGCAAAAACAAAUACACCACAAUAUAAUCGGCAGGUUUUUGAAGGAGCUGCUAAAAAGACAUCACUUGACUUUUCAUGUGUUUCAGUGCCAGCACACCUGCACUCUGCAGGGGGACAGUACCUGCGUAUCUACAUCACCAUCUACAAACUUAUGGCUUUGAUUCGAAGCAACGUCAAAAACCCGAGAGCUCUGUCUGACCUGGACAAGCUGCAGGAACUUUUAAUAGAAACUAGUGAUGAUACUUCCAAACUGACCUCUCAAUAGAUCUAUCCACUGAAUCAAGCUGUAAGAUAAUUACACCAGACUGUCCUAUCUUCUCCAGACAGGAUACACCAAAGUGAGUUUGAAGGGUUUGAGUUGAAGAGUUCUGAAGAGAAGAGAAAUUUGCUCCAGCAGUGGACGAUAAAGCAGCUGGCUUUGAUGGAGACCUGGAGCCUGGGUCUGGAGGAGGGAAACUUUAAAACUCACAGUGAGUUCAAUUAGGAGAGACUAGUUAAAGACAAAAAAAAUAUUGAAAAUGACAAUUAUAAGAAUGUUGCUUGACUGACAAUUUUUGGCAAAUGGACUCUAUGGGGAGAUUUUGAGAUCAAAGGAUGACUGAUCCCCCCAUGGAGUCCUGAUGCUGGUGGUGGUGGCUAAUGACUUGCUGGGACCAUAUGGAUGGAGGUAUGGAACUGAUGAUUCUGCUGAGACUGGUGGAGAUGGAGAGGUGGAGGGUGUGUACAAACCAACAGCAUGAGAGAAUUAGACGCAGAGAAAAUUUUCAUUUUUAAAACGAGAGCAGAACGGUGAUAGGCUGAACAGUGAGAGCAUGCUGCCAUGCUAUUGGAUAGGAAGCUGGUGGUGACUGGUUGAUUAUCCAAUGACUGCCCUGAGUGAUGACAGCAGGAAAAGUGAGUGAGCAUGGGAGUGGAAAAGACACUUAGGCAGCUGUGUAAGCAAUUCAAACAGACACAUCAACUCAGUUCUGCUUUUCUGUUUCAGUUACUUUUGUCAUAAAGAAGGUCCUUCCUCUGAUUGUGCAGUGGGAGUGGGGAACCACCAGGAACUUCCUCAGCAAUUAUGACAGUGAGAACACACACCCCUCAAAAUCACACAGUGAAUUUAUGAUUAUCUAACCAGCUGCACAGGCUGAUAAUUCUCAUAUUGUGCAGUGCAACACAAAAAUAAAGAAAUAAAAAUAACUUUUUUUCUGUUGCCGGGCAGACUCCAGCGCCCCACUCUGCCUGACCUCCAGAGACACUUUAAACCUGAUGGACGCAGGGCUGCUGAUAAACAUGCCCUAUCCCUCAUUUUUGGGAGAGAGGAGAGACAUCGACCUCAUGAUCGCUCUAGAGUACAGCGCAGGGGACAUGUUUGAGGUACUGAGAGUCUGCAUGUGUUAUCAGGGUGAUUAAAUAACUUGAUGAGACAAUGAGAUGAAUCUUCUUUUGUGAGUCCUUAGGCAACACGUUUAUAAUACUGAAUCAACAUGAUUAUUAAUAUUUCCACUGACGCAUGCCAAUGAUUCAUUUACAAGAUUUAUGAUGAUAGAGGGAGUUAUUGCUUCAACUUUGCUGCAGAGAGAAUGUACCAUGAAACAACUUGCACACUCUGCUCUCUGCACAGACUCUGACUCUGGCCAGAGAUUAUGCAGCUGAGCUGAAGAAACCUUUUCCAGAGAUAGACGAGAAAGUUCUGGAGGAGAAAGAAUGGCCCAAGGACUUGUACGUGUUUGAGGGGAAAGAGAAGGCACCCACCAUUGUUUACCUGCCGCUCUUCAACAGAAACAACUGCAAAGGUCUGCUGCAAACCAUGAAACACUUUUAAAAAGAUAAUGUUUGUGUAUCAAAAUCUUUCUGAUCAUAAACAGCUUUCUAUUCUGGUCCAGAUGCAGACGAGGUCAGGGAGAGGAUGGAAGAAUUCUCCACCUUCCAGCUCCCGUACAAUCCGGCAAAAGCCACAUUGCUGUUGGAGACGGCGAAAGAAAACAUGAAGAGAAACAAAGAAACUCUUCUGAAAGAGAUCAGUAAGGCCGCUCAGCGCAGACAAGACAGGCAGCAGUGA